CCAUCUCAUAUGCCUGGGAAUGGUGAUGAUAACAUUUGAAGACCUGGCUGUGUACUUUACCUGGGAGGAAUGGCAGAACAUGAACCAAGCUCAGAAAAUCCUGUACAGGGAUGUGAUGCUGGAGACCUACAGCAGCCUGUUCUCCUUGGGGCACUGCAUGACCAAACCUGACUUGAUCUUGAAGUUGGAGCAAGGAGCAGAGCCCUGGAUGGGGAAAGAAUGCUUACAUCAUAGCCUUUCAGUUGCCAUGAAAAGAGAUGACCUGAUUAGGAAAAACCAGAAAAAUCAGGACAAA